AUGUCAAAUAAUUCACCACCAGAUUUAUCCGCAUUAGCUAAUCAAUUAGGCGCCAUGUCUUUAGCUGCGCAUAUCGCACCACCUACGUAUACUGGAAGAACUGAUCCCAGAACUUUCCAAGAAUUCAUACGAGAAUUAAAUAGAGUAGCCACAGCCCUCAAAUGGACCGAUGAGGCAUACUUAACCACUUUACCUGCUCUUCUCAGGGGUGAAGCAGCUAUUAUUUACGAAAGCAUACCACCUGCUGAACGAAAAAAAGAAUUAGGAUUAAAACCCAUUCUAAAUCUCCUAGCCAAAAAAUUUGCAAAUACCCAACUAACUUCAAACUUCCGACGCCGCGCGCUAGCUCGCAAACAACGCGCAAACGAAUCCCCCUCCGAAUUCGCUCAAGCCAUUAGGGACCUUGUCGAAUUAGGAUAUCCAGAAAGCACAUCUUAUACAGACGCGUUCAAGGAAGAAAUUAUGGUAGAUAUCUUCCUCUCUGGCCUAUUACCAGUCGUCAAAGCCAAACUACUACGCAAAGAACGCCCAAAAACCCUCCAGAAAGCUUUGGACAUGGCCAUAUCCGAAAUUGAACUUCAAGAAGAAUUGAAACGUGAUGAACUCAUCAACGCAGGUGGAAAUAUCUCCAUCAACCAGUUACAACCCGUCCAACCACCACAUGCCCAAAUGAACCGUUUCAACAAAAAUUGGCAGCCACGCCGCCCAUUCAACCGCUUCUUCUCAAAAUUCAACAACAACAACCGACCAUCCAAGCCCUUCUUCUUCAACAACAACACAAGCCGUUCCAAUUAUCAACCCCGUGCCAACUACCGUCCACAAUCCAAUAAUCAAAACUCCAAUAUCAGGAACCGGCCCAAUCACCCUCGACCAACCCGUUAUGGCAUUAACGCUUUGUUGCCCUCGCUGACAAUCGUUGCCCUGGCUGCUCUAUCCGUACUACCGCUGACUAUGGCCCAGUUUCAAUUCUGCCCUUUACGCAAAGGAGCUUUAUAUCUCGCUCCUCCGAGAAAAGAAGAUUGCACAGUAGCCGAUGACACUCCAGUACGAAAAACAAACGUCGAAAUUUUUGUACCACAACUGGGACCCCAUUACCAAGAAGCUUAUCACUGCCAGGCUAAGAAAGUAACACGAUGCACCUUUUCAAUUGGUAUCGCUGCAUUUGAAAGACUGACACCAAGUCAACAUCACAGUUUAACAGCCAACGAAUGUUGGACCUUGAUCCAACGAAUGACGCUAUACAACCAAACACUUUAUCGACUCGACGAAAAUGUUUGGCAAUCCUCAGGAUUCAUCAACGCCCAAUACGCAGUUUUUGGAAGUCGUUGCCGCGAAAAACUUCAAUUUACGGUAACAAAAGGACUAAUACAUUCCAGAAACGGGAUAACUGUAUCAUCCGAAAUCGACAAUCUACAUAACUGCCAUUACAACGAUGCUCUCUGUGUUACGAACCAAGGUACAACAGUUUGGAAUGUGACGGACACAAAAGAUUUCUGCUCACAUACUUCAGCUGGACAUUUUCUGGCUUUAGCUUCCGACACUUAUGUGAUAAUCCAAAGACUCCAAGCUGCCUUCGUAUUCAACAAAACAGACCCAGACGUCCACGACUCGUUUUGCUACCCUAUUAACACCUAUCGAAUGGAAAAUGACGUAUUCAUCUCCUUUCACCCAGAAUACCCAACCGCUUCGAAGCUCAGAACAAAACGAUUCGAAUUCAAGGAACAACCUCGAAUCGGAGACAUAAAAACCAGCAUCAACCACUUCAAGGACUACCCAAGGAACUGCCCCAACAUCACCCUCAUCAGCGAUCGAAACCCGAAUUCAGGAUCGGAAUCGUUAUAUAAUUCCCCCAGUACAAAAAGCCCAGGGACCGUACUACCCCAUCAACGUCCAAGCGCGAUCCUCAACAAAUAA